AUGAUUUUCUCUAAUAAUUUUUCAAAUACAGAAGAUGAAAGCACUGCUGUUGAUGAUCUUUCUAUAUUAUGUUUAGAAUUGACACAUCGUCUUAAUAAUGAACAAAACUUACGUCAAUCACCUGUAAUUUUUCCACCUUCAUAUCCCUCUUCAAAAACAUUUCGUUUUCCUUAUCGUUAUUCUCAUUGGAAAUCAUCACCUAUUCUUCCUCGUGCAUUCUCUCGCUGUGAACAUACGUUAGCAAUGCAUUUAUUAACAAUAAUUGAUCGACUAUGUCGUCAACAUAAUAUUACAUAUUUUAUGUCUGAAGGAACAUUACUAGGAUCUAUAAGACAUCAUGAUAUUAUACCUUGGGAUGAUGAUGUUGAUAUAAUGAUACCAAAUCGACAACGAAAACGUUUUACUGAUGUAUUCAAAGAAGUAAAUGAAACAUUAAUUGGAUUAGUUUUACGUGAAGGUGAUACAUCAGAACAGGACUAUUAUAAAUUAUUUUAUAUUAAUACUCCAAGUGCUGGAGGAUAUAAAUGGCAUUUUCCAUUUGUUGAUAUUUUCUUUUAUGAACAAAGACAGUCUUAUUUAUGGAAUAUAAAUUAUCCUGACGACAAAUUUCGUGAUAGAGAUGUUUUCCCAUUAGUUCUAAGACCACUUGGACAGUUAUGGCUACCUGCACCAAGAAAACCUAAACGUUUCUUUGGAUUUGAUCCUUUUGACGAAUGUAGAAUUCAUUAUUGGAAUCAUAGAAUUGAAAGUGGACAAGAAGAGGUUACAGUUAAAUGCGAUCGUCUGAAACGUAUUUAUCCAUUUGUUGUACAAAAUAAUAAAACAGAUUGGGUUGAAAUUUUAAAAAUUAAAAAUACUGUUAUUCAUACAGUUAUCUUUAAGAAGCUUCGUUAUGGUGCUUAA